AUGUCGUUGACAAACUGUCGCUUUUACGAGGAGAAGUAUCCGGAGAUCGAUAGCUUUGUUAUGGUCAAUGUGAAGCAGAUCGCCGAUAUGGGUGCUUAUGUUAAGCUGCUCGAAUAUGAUAACAUCGAUGGCAUGAUUCUACUGUCUGAACUUUCGAGGCGUCGUAUUCGAAGUAUUCAGAAACUCAUCCGAGUUGGUCGCAAUGAAGUUGUGGUUGUCCUCCGAGUCGAUAAAGAGAAGGGAUAUAUCGAUCUUUCGAAGCGCCGAGUCUCUCCCGAGGAUAUCGUUAAGUGUGAGGAACGAUACAACAAGAGCAAGAUGGUUCAUUCCAUCAUGCGCCAUGUGGCCGAGAAGACUCAAACCCCCAUCGAAACCCUAUACGAGAGCAUAGCUUGGCCACUGAACAAGAGAUACGGCCACUCCAUCGACGCGUUCAAGCUCUCUAUAACGAACCCCGAUGUUUGGAGCGAUAUCACAUUCCCCAGCGAGCCGGUAGCGGAAGAACUGAAGUCGUACAUUGGAAAGCGCUUGACGCCUCAGCCUACGAAAGUUCGUGCCGACAUCGAGGUCACCUGCUUCGAAUACGACGGAAUCGAUGCUGUUAAGGCUGCCUUAAGAACAGCGGAGGCGCGGAAUACCGAAGAGAACCAGGUGAAAGUGAGACUAGUCUCCCCGCCGCUCUACGUCUUAACAAGCACGUGUCUAGACAAGAACGUUGGUAUAAGCCGACUGGAGGAAGCCAUCGUAGAUAUCCGCAGCACUAUCACCAGCGCAGGUGGUCAACUCGUGGUCAAGAUGGAGCCCAAGGCGGUGACGGACUCCGAUGAUGCCGAAUUGCAGGCGCUGAUGGAGAAGCGCGAACGUGAGAACGCAGAGGUCAGCGGAGACGAGAGUGUUAGCGAGAGCGAUGAUAACAUCCCUGAGACUGUCUAA